AUGCAAUGUAUUCCAUUCAUCUUCGUCCACUCUUCGUCCACUCUUCUCCUCUCUUCUCUUCCUCCCCCACCCCUUCUUAUCAUCCUCCCACCCUCCGGCUUCGCUUUUUGCUUCCCCGCUGACCUUUCCCUUCUGGUCGUCUCGUCGUCUCGUCGUCUCAUCGUCUUGUCGUCGGCUCGUCUUCCCCUUUGCGUCCCCCCUUCCAACAUUCAGCCACCGCCCCUUUGUCGUCACCGCAUCGUCACUACACGGAGCUUCCGUUGGAUGCCCGUCAAGGAGCAAUCUCCACCGGUGAUCGUCGUAGAGGCCAACUGGCGUAUCCUACUGGCCCACAACUCGUGCAUCAAUAUCGCCGUCCACUCUUCCUUUUUCGGAGACGAUGGUGUAGACGGAGGUGUGUGA